UGACAUUUUACAAACCAACUUGCUAAUUCUCUUUUUUCAACAUGGCUUCUGCUGCCGCUAACGGUGUUUUGCAACGGUUUCAUCCCUUUCUCAAGAAAUUUCCCCUCUCUAAUGCCAUAAACACUGUAUUUACUAGGAAAUUACACUCGAAAGAAUUGAAAAAAUUUUACAAGACUGCAACAAUUUCUCAAAAUAAUGGCCAGUUUGAAAUCAACCUUGACAAGCGUAAACUUCGGACACCUCUUGGUAACGUCUUCAUUGUUCCUAAUGAAAGCUUGGCCUUAGCUGUUGCUACUGAAUGGAAUGGUCAAAAGAAUAUAAUCAAACAAAACAAAAUGCAUUUGACCACGUUAUGUAAUACAGCUAUUGACAACCCAUUGCAACGUUCUAAAACAGAUCUGAUCCGGUCAAUUCUACAUUUUUUGGAAACAGAUACAUUGUGCUAUCGAAUGUCUGAACCUGAGGACUUAUUGGAACUGCAGAAACAAAAGUGGGAUCCAAUUAUUGACUGGUUUAAAAAUCGAUAUAAUGUGCCAAUUGAGACGACUACAACAUUUGCUCUGCCUUGCAUCUCAGAUGCCACGAUAGGUGGAAUACAUACACAACUGAAUUCAUACACCAUGUGGGGGUUAACAGGGAUUUUCAGUGCUGUUGAAUGUGUGAAGUCUCUGAUACUAACUAUGGGUUUAGUCGAGCGCCACCUGACUGUGAAUGAUGCUGUAUUUCUUUCCCGUUUGGAGAUGGAAUUUCAGACCCAGAAGUGGGGUAGUGUGGAAUGGUACCAUGACCUGGAUCUCUAUGAAAACAGAGCACGUUUAGCAGCAGCUGUUUUAUUCACACAUUGGUCUUCAGAGAAUGCUUCUAUGAAGCAAAAAACUACAGCAAAAAUGAGAGCGUUUGUGUAGUACACAUCAAAGGGAACUUUUUUUGAGUAGAGAAUGCCAAAGAAUAGUGUUUUGAAAGGAUAAAGUCUAUCUUGCCAGAGAUUCAUUUGUUGGAAACUUUUUUUGGGCAGAAUUUCAUGCGAGGAAAUACUACACACUUUUUGUGCCAAUGCAAAAUGACUUGUCUGUGAUAUUUUGCAAUUAGAUUUAGGGGAUCAGUUUUGUCUUUGUACCAAUGGAUGAGGGGUAAGAUGUUAAAUAACUGAUCCUUUUUGUCAUAAGUUCAAAUUCUAUCAUUGUCUGUUUCUGUACCUUUUUUUUUUAUUAAGGAUUUACCUGUUUGUUUCCUUUUGAUCGAUAAAGUAGGUAUCAUCCCCACUUGAUAGCUUGAGUAGAUUAAGAAAUAACCAUACCAUACCAUACCAUACCAAUUUCUUAAAUUUUAAUCUUAUCCAACUAUAUUAGCAUGGCUGUAGAGACAUGUUAAAAUAUUUGCAUGCAUUAAAUAAAUGAAUUUGAACAAGUGGUUUUUGAGCUUGUAAAGAAUGAAUUAGCAUUUGGAGGAAAAAAAAUUGUUGAUGAAAUCAAGUGUAAAAUAUAUUAAAAGUAUUAAAUUUUAUUUAAGUCAUGGAUGAAUGAAUCAAUGAAUCACUGGACAACCACCAAGAGGUCAGCAGUCCAUAUCCUGACAUUUGUGCUGUGUGUAUCCAUGGCCAAAAUAGUGUGACUUUGGCAUCUAUGUUUAUCUAGCUGUGAGUGGGUAUCACAGAGUGGUAUCAUACAUUAGCAUAGGCAGCAGCAGUUUUGCGGAGUUGUGUAAAAUAAGAUUCAUGUCCAAAAAAAGCCUCUCAUAUUAGAUCUGCAUCUUAUCCUGGUACAUAUUUGUCUCUCAUCCACUUAAUAUUUAAAUAAUUACUGGCCCUGAUAUGUUCUUAUGAUUCAGCAUAGGAUAAACAAAUAGAUCAAUUCUAUCUACCUCCCCAGGAUUUGAACACAGGACGUUAUAGUGAAAAAAAUGAGCUGGAUGAACAAAUAAAUGCAAAAUCCAGUGCCAAUCUACUCCAAUUGGUAACAUAAACAUGACUCUUUCAGAAUAAAAAAUUCUUCGAGUUUUUGUAUAAA